CGGGUCGGGCCGAGCCGAACCGGGCCGGAACGAGCCGAACCGGGCCUCUCCGAGCCGAGCCGAGCCGAGCCAUGGGGCAGAUCGAGUGGGCCAUGUGGGCCAACGAGCAGGCGCUGGCGGCCGGGCUCAUCAUGCUGACGGGCGGGAUCGUGGCCGUGGCGGGGCAGUUCAAGGGCUGGUACUUCGCGGCUUACGCCAUCGUGGCAGGCGUCUUGGUCUGCCUGCUCGAGUACCCGAGGAGCAAGCGGAAAAAGGGCUCCACCAUGGAGAGGUGUGGCCAGAAGUACAUGACGGCAGUGGUGAAGGUGUUUGGGCCCCUCACGAGGAAUUACUACAUCCGCGCUGUCCUGCACGCUGCCCUGGCUGUCCCCGCUGGUUUCCUCCUCUCCACCAUCCUGGGUACUGUCUGCUUGGGCAUCGCGAGCGGCAUCUACCUGCUGGCGGCGGUGCGCGGGGAGGAGUGGAGACCCAUUGAACAGAAGCCCCGGGAGCGGCCGCACGUGGGGGACACCAUCAAGCAGCCGCCCAGCAACCCCCCGCCCCGGCCCCCCGCCGAUGCCCGCAAGAAGCAGCCGGCGGAGGUGGGGGGGCAGGUGAACCCCAUCCCCAUCGAGGCUGAGUAACGGGGGGACCUUCUGCUGCUGCUGCACCGCUCGUGCUCCUGCUUCCCAGCUGCACCCCGGCCCCUCGAGGGGAAACUGGGGUGCCCGGCUCCUGGGGAUCCCCAAAUCCCCGGGGAUGCUCAGCCCCUGUGGGCUUCCCCUGCGGCUGGGGAUCCCCAAAUCCCUGGGGAUGCUCAAGCCCCCUGAGAGGUUCCUAACUUCCCAAGGGAUCCCAAGCUCCUGGGGGUGCCCAGCUCCCUGGGGACUCCCCAGCUCCCCGAGGGGUCUGCAGCCCCCUGGGGAUGGGGGGCGGGGGGGGAUCGGGCAGCUCUGCUCCCUGCGCCGGCUCUCGCUGUUUUUUGUAACUUUUGCGGUUGCUGUUGUAAUAAAAAGUGGAAAAGGCA